GGUUUGCUGGCGGUUCUCACUAUACAUCUCCUGGUGGUGCAGCUAAGCUGUGUAUGCCCCCUGAACCUGUGUGGGGAACUCGUAAAGACCAGACUGCGCGCCGAGCAGGACAAGUCUACGGUGCGGAGUACGAGGAUGUGGGUGUGUUUGGAAUGCCAGAUCUUAAGCAGGACGUGCCAUGUGCCGUGUGUAAGAAUACGGCCCAUUCCAUCGUUACCAUGGUACCAGGGAGGGCUACAUGUUAUCCGGGAUGGACGACAGCCUUCCACGGUCUCCUGACUUCGGGAUAUCCAACAGAAAAAGCCGCAUCUGAGUUCCUGUGUGUCGACGACCAUCCACAGGCAGUACUAGGAGGCGGGAACACAGAUGACAAUGGCAGAGUGUUCUUCGCCGUGUACUCCAAAUGUGGGUCUUUGCCUUGUCCCCCGUACGAGGACGGAAAGAUAUUAUCAUGUUCUGUGUGUAUGAUGUAG